GUGGGACUAUAAAAAGGGAGGAGUUCACAUCUCCUCCACAGAUCUCGCUCCUCACAGGGUUGAUUAAAAGUCAGUUUUUCUCCGUGUUCACGAUGCGUCUUUGUGCAGCUCUGAUCCUGUGUGUGAUUCUGUCCACAGCAUGGGGAUUGAAAUGCUACACAUGUGUUACUGCUGAUCCUCGAGCAUGCACACAUAUGACAACCUGUCCUGCAAUCCUGGACCAAUGUUUCUCCCAGAAUUUGACUGGUAUCAUCAAUAAGGGUUGUCGAAAAACUGUUAACUGUGUAAGACCCGUAUCUUGCUGUGGAGAGGACUUGUGUAACAGUGUCGUGCCCACUGGUCCCAGGGUCACCCUCCUGCUGGUGUCCUCAGCCAUCACCUCACUCUUUCUCUGACGCUCUGGAGCCUGCGCUGAGAAUGUUUCACUUUCCCUUAUCGCCUUUUUGGAAAAUUUAGAACAACAAUAUAUUAAACCUAAAGAGUUAUGGAAUGCGACAACAAUAUUAUGGACUGUUAAUUUGCUAAUUUCCUCAGGUCCUACUCUACUAUUUCAGCAAAAACUAGCUUUGAUUUCAAACCCUACAGACACAUCGUAUGAGCAAUCAUAAGAUAAUCAAUACAUUAUAUUAUUUACUAGUUGACUCUAAGGAUUAUUGAAACCUGAAAAAAACAAUAUUUGAGACUUGCUUGUUUCAUGUUCAGAUAAAGAUAAGCUGGUCCCAAUGUAUCAAAAUUUGAUAUGUUUUAUUAUUUGUGGUUUAAUUUCAAACUGCCAAUUUAGCACUGUGUCUUUUUUAAGUAACAAUAUGAUACAUAGAUAAUGAAUCAUAUUUCAGGAGAGUGGCGAGUGUUAUUUCCUGUUUGCAUAUACCGGGUGUAAAACUAAAUGUAUCAUGUAUUGAACAACUUUUGAAUUCAAGCUUGUGAUCAACAAUAGUCGAUAGCGAGUCAAGGGGCUAAAACAAGGGGCUAAAUAUAAGCAGGAGAUUGGGAGAAAUACUUCAAUUCUGUGAUCGGCAAUGUACAGAGGACUGCAACAUCAUCAUGGCUGGAAACCCCCCAACAGGGCCCCAGUUCAGUCAAAUACUUCAUAACUUCGGCUGAAGACUUAAUGAGUGUGUAUUUUGUGCUGAGGAUUUGGGGGGGGAGCUUUAACUUUAAUAGUAUUAUUUCUGUGUUUGCGAUUUGUUCAUAAUUUCGAUAAUAAAAGAGUUGUGUGAA